AUGUCAAAGCGUGCAGCAAAAGCGCAGGCGAGCAGUGCGCGGGCGGCCACGACAUCCUCCUUCGGCGCUUUCGGCAGUGCAUCAGCGGCAUUCAGCGCCAGUACAUCGCCCCUGUCCUACGUAUCCGAGCCCCCAGAUCUCUCGGCGAUUUCAGACCCGAAUGUCGUCGUCUACUUGCGAAACCUCUCAAAAAAGGACAGCACCACCAAGGCGAAGGCGCUGGAAGAUAUACAAUCAUAUAUAUCAUCACUGCAAGAGCCAGUAGAAGAGGGCCUACUGGAGGCAUGGAUCAAGAUAUACCCACGAACCUCGAUCGAUAAUGCGAAAGCCGUUCGUCAGAAUGCCCAACUCGUCCACGGACAAUUCGCCGUAUCCGCCGGCAAGCGCAUAGCAAGACAUAUGCCUAAGAGCGUCGCAGCUUGGCUAUGCGGUCUCUACGACAGUGACCGAUCCGUAGUUGACGCGACCCAAACCUCUCUACGACAAGUCUUCAACACACCCGAAAAGUUACAGAGCAUUCGGAAGGUUUACCAACAACCCAUACUAGAAUAUUGUCGCGAUGCGAUAGACAAGGAGAGCACUGCGACUCUGAGUGAUGAGCGUAUAGUCAGCAAAGACGACGCAGAAGCAAAGUACAGUCGCGUCAUCUCUGCAUGCAUAUCCUUACUGGGUAGCUUGUUGAACAACCUGCAGUCCGAGGAGCUAUCCAAAUACCAGGCUGAUUACGAAACUCUCAUUGGGAAUAAGAAGCUGUGGCAGUUCGCCUCAUACAACGACGCUGGGAUACGGCGCUCAGUGCACCGUCUUCUCAGAACAUGUCUUGCCAAGGAGGACGUUGCUGUUCAAGAGCAUCUCGACACUCUCAGCAAAGCCUACCUAGCCGAGGCUUUGAACUCCGACCAAACCGGUUCUGUCGGUGAUUACGUCGACUCUCUGACACUUCUUACUUCCAAGCAUCCCUCCGUAUGGACAACCGACUACAAGAGCAAGACCGGAGUGGACAGGCGCCUACGGCAGUUCUUGAAGAAGGGCUCUCAACUAGGGCCACGCGACACCUGGGCCCGUAUUCCUGAGCUAUUGAAGACAAUCCCGGUAGAAGUAUUGCCGCAAUCCGGUGCCGACUCCGCAGAGUUAUUGAGCGCACUGCAUGGCGGUAUCAUUCGCAAAGAUGAACCAAAGUAUAAUCACGAAGCAGGCUUUAAGGCCUACUUGGAAAUAGCUGGCUAUCUCACCCAGCGGCUGGGUGAUGAGGAGAAGACCAAGCUGCUCGAGGAGAUGGUUUUACCAAUCAUAACGCAGUACCUUCGCCCAUCAUUAGAGACUUCAGACUGGGCUGUACCAUCCAAUGCGUCAAGUCUACUAUCUAAAGCAAUAGAGAUUGAAGGAAUGAAGAUCGUGCUCGAACAGCGAUGGCCUACUUUCUCACAACAAUUGAUCGAUAGUGUCAAGACCUCGGCCCCUGAGCAGUCGAAAGAUUACGAGAAGUCACAAACGAGCGUCAUCCAGCACGCCGCGCUCUUUGCAACUAUACAAGACCAAGCGCUUUCCCUUGGAAGUUUGGCGACGCUUCAACCUGUCUUGUCCCAAGCAUGCUCGUCAAUAGUAGCGGAAGCCCUUGGUAUACUCAAGAGCAGGAACGGAAAGCCAUACGGCGCAGCAGGCACCAUCGCAGCAGUGACAAAGCGUAACCCUAGCCUGAUAUCAUCUACCAAAUCCGAGCAAGAUUUAGAGUCGUUCAUACAGCAUGAUCUUCCAGCUCUGGUGUUGUCUCCUUCGUCUUCCUACCUGAUCGACAUACUAUACACCAAGUCGGACCACGCAUAUUUCAAGGAUGCAUGGAGUGCGUCUCUCAAGACUGUUCUCAAAGAUACAGAUUCUCCAGCAAAGACCAAGGCGCUUGAAGCAAUCCUCACCUCGUCGAGAAUACCAACUUCUUUUGACCUUGCAACAUCGGACCCUGAAUUACAGAAGUACAUUACUACGAACGUGCGCGAAGCUGUCCAAGGUUCUGCCGAAUGGGACUCAUUCAGCCGUAUGCUCCAAUCACCAGCAACUAUACUUGCUCCCGAAACAACAGACGAGAUCCUCGCUUACAUGACGGAAACGCUCUCCAUAUCACACCAGGCUCCCUAUUCGUUGCAAGGUCUACGUCAAAUCGUCAAAUCAAACCCAACGAUGCUACGAGAGUUUGUUACUAGUCCACAUGGCUCCAAUCUUCUACAAGGUCUACUUCUCGCCUCAGAAUCUCCCGAUGAUGAGGUAGCGCAGGGUGCUAAAACCGUCAAUGCUUCGAUUCAGACCAUACUGUCAUCUGAAUCGAAUUCUAAACAAUCCAUGUACAAUCUUGUCCAACAAGGGCUGCGAGACGCUACGCCGACAUCCGUUUCUGUUGAAACCCUGGUCGACUUGGCAAAACAGUCCAUCAAAGUCGGCGGUGAUUGGGAGGAAAUUGCUCGAGUGCUUCCAAGCGUUGAAGACUGGAACGCAGCUCUAGAACCCUUUCUCAAUGCCGCACCAAAGUCAUCUUUGGCCAUCACAAACCCUCUUGGUGGCGCGGUAUACCUUGUUAAGAAUGGCCAGCUGCCUUCUCAAAUCAGAACCAUGCCACGGGAUGCCGAUGGUUACUCUGCCGCAUACAGGAUGACCCAAUAUAUAACUAGGCUUUUCAAGAACCCUGAUCUCUUCUCCAUCGACAACGUUCCAUCAGAUGUUCGGGCUACCUAUCUUGGCAACAUCGCGGUAGCCGUGCAACUUGCAGAUGACAACCUUGGUCUCACUGGCGCGAACGGCUUUUGGGCACAUUAUAACUCAGACGUUGAAGCUGAGGCGAUGACCUUCGUUUCAGAUGCGCAGACUUUUAUAGCAUAUGAAGUAAAGAGUCUUGUCGCGACGUGGUCGAAAGAUGAUGCCAACGCCUCGCUGUUGUCCUGGGCAACUACACUUUUGUCGAGCAUAGAUGCCGACACGACUUCUCCAGCAUACUACUACGCUCGAGCAUAUGCUGUUUUGAUUGCCAACACCGUGGAGAUUGCUAGCUGGAAGAACUCACAAACCGCUCAACUUCAGGAAACGCUUAAGACCACGCGAAGUGCGAAGAACGUCCUCCAGCUUCUAGCAUUUUUGAGUGCUUUCAAGGAGCCAUUGUCGUACGGCAAAGCUUGCGAGAGAAUGUGUAACGAGAUCAUCGCCGAUUUGACAGGCCUUGACGUCCAGCAAAAGUCGCAUGAGGCACUGCAGCAACUCGUGCUGUUAAACAGCGUUAUGGGCCAAGAAGGUAUCUUAGAAAGCAUUGCCGGUCCUCGCCUGAUGCGCUUUGUUCAGCAUGUCAUCCCGUGGCUACAAGAAGACACAGUUAUUCGUCCUGUCAAAGCAGAGUUGUGCCGUGCAUUGACAGUGUUGCUUCCACUGAUUGGCGAAAUGUACGGUGAGCACUGGGCAGGUAUUUUAAGCGCGCUUGCGACGAUUUGGUCAGCCACGAAAGAAUUGGAGGCGAACGAGUCUGGCAUGGACAGCCCGAUUCCUCUUGUACACGCAUCCUUGAAGCUAUAUGCACAGCUUCGAUCUUUGACUCAAGCCGAAGAGCCAAACGACGAUCUUCUCGAUGCAUGGAAAGAGAACGAGCAAGUUGUUGCUGACGGACUCAUCAACAUCUUGAAGCAUUCCCAACAUUUCCCAGACGAGUUCCAUCAGCCACUCAAGAUGGUCAACGAUGUUCUAGCGCGUCAGAUCUCCAAGGUGUCGCUGAAACACCUGGACUCCACUGAGGAACUUUUCCCUCUUCUCUAUGUGGAGUCGCAACCUGUUCAGCAGACUGCUUUCGAUAUCCUGCACAAGCAGAUCCCAGCAGCCCAGGAGCAAGUAUCCAUCGACGCAGCAUUAGAGAAGACUACCGCUCGAUUACCUGAGGAGUUGUUGUCACUGAUCAUCGAUGCGCCUACGAUCGCGGCGAUUGCCGAUGCCAACUUCGAGCGCAGUGUGCCCUUGCCCUUGCGAGGUUACCUACUGAGCUGGUUGCUGGUCUUCGAUCACCUAGAGCACGCUUCUUUCAAGGUCAAGAACGACUAUGUAGAGCAUAUCCGAGAGGGUGAAUACCUUCCCGGACUGCUCGACUUCAUGUUCGACUUCCUUGGCCACGCCCACAACAAGCCAGCCGACGUCUCCAAACUUGACAUCACGACAUACGAAGCGGACGUUGAACCUCCCAAGCGUGAUCUGCAGUGGCUGUUAACUCACCUGUACUUUUUGUGUCUACGUGACGUUCCAUCUCUAACGAAGACCUGGUUUAAGAGCUGCAAAUCGCGCGCUAUAGUCGUUGCACUCGAGCCCUGGACGGAGAAGUAUGUUUCACCGCCCGUGAUUGCUGCUGCGCUCGACGCAGUCAACACAUGGUCGGAAGAGCAGGUCGCAUCCGAGCCCGACUCGGCCUUCGCGGUCAAAGUCGUCAACCGUGCGCGCGAGAUCACCGCAUCAUAUGUCGUCGACGAACAAACCAUGGCGAUGCGAAUCUCUCUGCCGCCUGCCUUCCCUCUCGCAAACGCUCACAUAGAAGGGUUGAACCGUGUCGCAGUUAAUGAACAAAAAUGGCAAUCUUGGCUGAGAACUUCGUUGGGAGCUAUUACAAUCUUCAAUGGCAGCCUGAUUGAUGCGCUGACCACCUUCAAGAGGAACGUCGAUGGAGCGCUCAAGGGCCAGAGCGAAUGUGCAAUCUGCUACAGUAUAGUCGGGUCGGAUCGCAAGUUGCCCGACAAGAAGUGUCACACUUGCAAGAACUUGUUCCAUGGAGUUUGUCUGUUCAAGUGGUUCAAGAGUAGUGAUAGCUCAAGCUGUCCACUCUGCAGAACUGCCUUCAAUUAUGCGUAG